AGAAAGGCUGGUCCAAGGGAAACUAGUAACUACAGCUCCCAGAGUGCACUGGGGCAGGGCAAGAGUCUAUCCACCUUGCUGCUCACUGCGGCGCAUGUGCUAGGGACUGGUGGGGUCUAGCAGGAUCCGGGUGGUGCCAGACGGGGCCCCCCCACCCCCACACUGAUCCUGGCGCCAGCGCAGCCAUGACCCUCUUCCACUUUGGCAACUGCUUCGCGCUGGCCUAUUUCCCCUACUUCAUCACCUACAAGUGCAGCGGCCUGUCGGAGUACAACGCUUUCUGGAGAUGCGUCCAAGCUGGAGCUACCUACCUCUUUGUCCAGCUCUGCAAGAUGCUGUUCUUGGCCACUUUCUUUCCCACCUGGGAGGGUGGAGCCGGGGCUUAUGAUUUUGUGGGGGAGUUCAUGAAGGCCACGGUGGACCUGGCUGACCUGGUGGGGCUGCACCUGGUGAUGUCGAGGAACGCGGGGAAGGGCGAGUACAAGAUCAUGGUGGCAGCCAUGGGAUGGGCCACGGCCGAGCUCGUCAUGUCCAGGUGCAUUCCUCUCUGGGUGGGAGCCCGCGGCAUUGAGUUUGACUGGAAAUAUAUCCAGAUGAGCAUCGACUCCAACAUCAGUCUGGGUCACUACAUCGCCAUGGCAGCCCUGGUGUGGAUGUUCACCCGCUACGACCUGCCCAAGCGCUACCGCCUGCCCCUCACCCUGCUGCUGGGCCUCAGUGUCUACAAGGCCUUCUUCAUGGAAUCCUUCGUUCACGUCUUCCUGCUGGGCAGCUGGACGGCGCUGCUGGUCAAAGCUGUCAUCACCGGCUUCCUGGCGCUCAGCUCCCUGGGUCUCUUCGUUACUUUGGUCCACGGAAACUAAUUGCCCCCACCCUCACCCCGCCAGGGAUACUCUCAGCUCUGCUACCUAGGGACCUUGGGGAUGGCUAAACACCCGGUUUUGCUGCCCACCGCGGCACCGGAUCCGAUCCAUGUUGGAUCCAUCAGGACAAGGGUCAGAAUAAACCUCAGCUGUCGGGUUUUUUUAUUUUCAACUUUUUUUGUGUGGGGUAUUUGAGGUAUGGAGGUGUCUUUGUGUCGCUGCUGCCCCCUGCUGGAGGGGAUGAGGGGUGUGUGUGUGUGUGUGUCCGUCCAUCCAUCCCUCCUUCCCUGCUGCCCCCUGCUGGAUGGGAUAAGCCCUGCUCUGUCUCUCUCUCUCCCUGCUGGAGGGGACGAGCCCUGCCCUGUGUGUGUGAAUGAGUGUGCCGGGCUCCCUGUAUCUCUCAGGGUGGGAAUUGACCCAGGUCUGCCCAGCUCAGCAGAGGGGGCCAGAUCCAGUGCGAGAUGGUGAACACCAAAGCAGGGGUGACUACGGUACUGGGGUGGGGUGGGGGUGGCUGGAGACAGCUCUUGGUGGGCACCAUCCCAGCGCCGACGGGUCUGUGAGGCUGGGGGAGCCUCUCCCAGGGGAUGGGGAGCCCAGCACGGCAGGGGACGGUCCCACUCCCCUCCUGGGUGGAAUAGGCUGGCAAUAGGCUCGGGUGGAUUGAUUUAAAUCACAAAUUUUAAUCAGGAUUCAAAUCGGCGAGCGCAGGAACCCGGCACCGUAACCAGCCACGUAAACCUGGCUUCCCAGUUGCGCUUUUUAGUGAUUUUUUUUCUAAGGAAACCCUGAGCCUCCUUAGCCAGUAACCAUGAAAACCCAGUCAUUGCAAUGGGACUCAGAGCCCAUCCUGGCCAGGACCCAGUAACCCCAGCCCAGCCCUGACGGGGCUUUGUCCAACCUGGUCCUAAGAACCUCCAGUGACGGGGAUCCCACGGCCUCCCUUGGCCACCGAUUCCAGAGCUGAACUCCCCUGGGUGUUGGAGAGUUUUUCCUAAUAUCCAACCUCCAUCUCCCUGGCUGCAGGUUAAGCCCAUUCCUGCUUGUCCUGCCUUGAUCUCCCUCCUCCUUAGAAGGGCCCUAAACAUGUAUGCAGCCUGUUCUCAGCUCCCCACUCAGUCGUCGUCUCUCAAGACUAAACAAGUCCAGGUUUUUAUCCUUCCCUCCCAGCUCAGGGUUUCUGAACCUUUGCUCAUUUUUGCCCCGCUCCUCUAGACUCUAGUUUAUCCCCAUUGUUAUCAAAGGUUGCCCCACCCGUUCUGCACCUGAGACCUCAUAAGUUACAACUAAACCCGGGCUUGGUGCUAAAUUUGGUGCUGCUUUUUGCUAAAGCCAAAAGAAGGAUCCGGCGAAUGAGGAACGUGUCGUUCGCUAUUUUCUAACAAUCCAAAAAAAAUGAAGCCCCUGGAUGAAUGGCUGCUAAGCUACAGAAUUGCGGAAAUGGCUCGAAACAUUUAUUUAAGCAAUUUUGUCGCCUAACGGCUGUUUAUUCAGAAGCAGAAUUUUUUCGGCGUGUUAGAAAACAGCAAAUUCCUUAUUUGCACGAUCAUUUUUUCUGCUCGUGAUUGAGUGGGGUCAAGCUGCCGUUGAAUGGAAAUUGGAACGCAAUUAAAAAGGCACAAAACCCAAACUUUUAAAAACGGGUCUUAUAAUUAAAUAAAAUGACCUUAAAUGUGUCGGCAACGUGAACUUACUUCGUUGUCUUUAAGCUCAUUUUGUUUAACUAAUAAAAACCAUUUUAAAAGGCAGGUUUUGUGCCUUUUUUAAACGAAUCCCCCCCUUUUAAAAGCAAACCAUAUUUUGAUCAGAAGAAAAAGUUUUAUCAAAAUAUGGCUUGUUUAAAAUGGGAUUAAUUUAAAAAUGGUUUUUAUUGGUUCAGUAGAAUGACCUUGACUGUGAUGCAUACGUAAGAUGACUGAAAAAGAUGGUUUGCUUUUAAAAAACGGGAAUGUGUUUAAAAAGGCACAAACCCAGGCUUUUAAAAUUGUUUUUAUUAGUUAAAUAAAAUGACUUUCACUAUGCUGGAGCCAUUAGAAGGACAAGUACGUUUAUCAAAACUGAGUUUGCAUUUAAAACUAAUUGAUCAGAGAAAGGAAAGGUUACCUGGGGUUAGUGGGUUGAAGGAUUUGGUGACUGAAACCAAUUACUUCAAGAUUUUUGCCCUAGCAGAUUUUGUGCUUAGUUUUUUGCUCAGACAUUGGAAGAGGAAAAGAAGCUUUUCUGCUCGCUCAGCUCUCAGUCGCUUUCCUAACUUUGCUUUGCCGAAGCUGGAUACAGCUGGAAGGAAAGAACCUUUUCUCUCCGCAGCUGCUGUUGAAAGUGGGGUUAACCCUUUAGCGAACUCUGGUGCCGGCGAUUUCCAGCCGCUCGGUGGCUUCGCUUUCUGUAAAAUGUUGGUAGCAAACGUGGAUGGCUGCGCUGCUAUUUGAGUGGCGGUGAUCAGGAUCUCAAAUCGGUUUGUUUUUUUAAAAAGAAAACUGGAUUUGUCGUCCGUCAGAAAAAUCCCAUUUAAAUUAAAUUAACCAUUGGAUAUUAUUAGUUAAUCAUUACAAAUAAACAGUUGAUUUUCAUA